AUACUAUAAUGACAGCAACAAUGCCACGUGUUAGCCUGAACUCAGGAGUCAAACUCUUGAACCUCUGAACCACAUCUUUCUAAACUAUUCGGGUGAUCAUGUUGAUGCUCAGUACAAACUUGUCAAACUACUAGAGGAUAAUCAAGCACAAUACAAAAUGUCAGUAACGACACUUUUCCUCCAAUAUUGCACAACACUUUAGCCAAGACUUGAGAAGCUAGCUUGCUAAACCAAAACAAAUGUACUGAACUUCCGCAUUUGGAUUAAUCACAACCACAAAGAUACUGUUGCGCAGACCAUGAAGUGCGUUAAAGGCAGUGCUGCAUUUAAAGACACUUCCUUCCACCUGCUGGCUUGUGCCUGAAAUGUGAUGACCAAGGAGUCCUCAACAGCUCAUAAAGAAAGAUGGAUCGUAAUGAUGAGAGAAUCAAAAGAGCUUUAAGACGCCGCCCUUAUGUGUUGAAACCAGUUAGGGUGAACACCCCUGAUUCCGUGUUGUGGCCAACCGGCAAGGUGCACAGAAGGCCAAAGCCUUCUAAUUCAGUGCAGACCCCUCAGAUCCACAAAAGGCCUCCAAUCAUUGUGAGCUAUUGGCAGGACCAGACAUCUGGGGAUGGAUGGAGCAUCUAUCCAGAGCCUCUCAGCCAGUCUGGAAGGGUGACUCGGCUGAUAGAGAGAAAAGAUCAUGACGUGAUCUCAUCCUCCAGUUCUGAUGACUUUUCCAUCUACUCCUUCACUGACUGUGAAUCUGAGUGUGAUGAUGAGGAUCAUGAAAGGAGGACACCAAAGCUGAAAGUUGAGAAUGGAAAGGUGACAAAGCUUGAUGUGAGGGAUAUGGACGAGGAUGAGGAUCUGUCUCUCCACUCCUUUGAUGAGUCAGACUUCCUGAGCCCAGGGGAGGUCUCAGGUCCUGUAUCUGUCAAGAAUGGCCUCUCUCCUCUUGUAACCUCAGCACACCGGACACUGGCUGAAACCCUACGGGCCCUGCCCUCUGCUGUAGGCUCUCCCUACCCAGUAAAUGUUCCAAGGCCUCGGACUCCUCUCAACCCUGUCGCUCCGCCCCGAACAGAGAACUUCCCAUACCGCCACUGCCCUCGCCUGGCUCCCAUCACCAACCUGAGCGAGACUGGCAGGAAUCUGCUCCAGGAAAUGGCUGGAGUGGCACCACAGGUUUCUUCAGUGGCUGCUGCCCAAACUGAGAUGUUCAAAGACAUAAUAGCCAACUAUUACCUCUACCACACACACACACACAGAUUUUGAGUAUUGGUUAUUCCUACAACACACACAAACGUAAUUUCAGAGACAGGAACUAUGAUCAGCAAAAUACAUAUAUUGGUCACAUUCUUAUAUUUUGAGACAUGCAGCAUUAUUUAAACAAAAAAUGAUAUUGAUCCCCAUACAGCCUAUGAUAAUGAGUUGGAUUUACAUGCUUAGGCUUGGAAAUAUAGCCAGGAGAAGCAAAGGACAGCACCAACCUUUGGGCAGUGUCAUUGUUAUUGGGGUCUUAGGUCUCUUUUGGCCAAAGUGAAGAGUUGAGGGCCCCUUACUGGUCUCCUUGCAAUAUUUGGUCUCCCACACAGAGAUGGAAAUCUACACCUGUUUAGACCUUGGAGGAUAUGGCUUCAGAUGAAAGACAGUAGAGAGAUGCAGAACGUAAAAGCUUCAAACACUGUGAUAUGCAAAUGUUGGACCAUUGUACACUGAAGUGAAGCAUGCAUCUGGUCUGAAGCAUGUCAAAAGAGUAGAAAUGAACUGGGACUGGAGGAAUACAUCACAUUUAAACUACAUUAGCAUGUAUCUGAUUUAGCUCCACUCAUCUGUACUUGAAUUGUGCUGUUUGAAACGUGCAUUUCCAAUAAAGAUUUCUAAAUUGCA